AUGGCAUCUUCUGCCAGCAUAGAGCAAUGGAGUUUCACUGGUGGCAAAGAUAAUUCUUUGGCAAUCAUUGUGUUCUUAAUUUUUGCUGCCUCUUCAAUAGUCAUACCUUUGACUAGUUCGGUGGCGAAAGAAGAGGAAGCGAUAGCAGAUCCACAUCCAAAAGUCUUGAACUUCACAUCUUCAAUAACUCCGGUUUCAUCAUUGACCUGA